AUGAAUGAUAAAACAGUAUUAUCUUUAACUAAAUUUAUAGAGAGAAAUAGAAAUUUAGAUACUUUAGUUGAUAUAUCAAAGAAUAUCAUCGAAAAUGUACCAAAUAAAGCUUUUUGGUUGUCAAAGUUGAAUGGUUUGACACGUACAGACAAAGCAAUUAUUGCUUUAAGUACAUUUAUGGCUGUUAAAAUGUACAUUUCACAUUUAAGUAGAAAGAGUUAUCUUGUAGAUGAAUUUGACCAUAUUAUGAAAUUGGAGGAAGCAAAAGAAUUGAUGAACAAAUUUAUCACUACAACUACCAGUCCAGAUAUGAACGUUAUAGAUGUUGCCUACAAGUAUUGCAAUAGUAAAUCGAUGGAUAAACUGACGAGUCUACUCAAGUUUUGUCCUUCACUCCGCAGACACUUCCAAACCGAAGACUUUUUCAAUCUGAUUUUAGAUUCUAUAAAAUUGAUUGAUGAGCGCACCAAACAUCAAUCGAUCAUCGAUUCUCCAUCGCAGAUACCACUCUACAUAAUUAGCGAGAAUGAAGAGACAAUCAGUGGAGCAUCCGAAGCAAUCGUUUCACUUCUUCAAAUAAGAUCGUUAUAUGCCAAUAUUUUAAUUUCAUUAUCCAUUAGAUAUGAAAACGCUCCUUUGUCAGUUAUACAGAAUAUUGUUGCUGUUGGUACCAGUCAAAGUGUUACCUUUGGUCUAAGAAGAUCAAUGGUUAAACUUCUUUUCAAUCUAAAGGAUUGCAAGGAGAAUUGUUUCACGAUUGUCGCUGCCAAUGGUUUGAUGUUGACCAAAUUCUACGAUCUUCUCCAGUACCCAGGAAGAGACAUGGAUAAAAAGAUUACUUUAGAUGUUGUUUCAGCCAUCGGAUUCAAAUCAUACGAAGACUCUAUCAAAUCUUUAGCAGCCUCUGAGAAACAAUUGGUAGUAACAACCAUCAAAAACUAUAGAUCAACUACCAUUCAACGUCAUACUCUUUCAAUUCUUAGUACAUUCUUAUACUCUUGUUAUAGAACAAAUAGUUAUUUAGGAUCAGCUGCAAUCACAGGAUAUCUAGUUGUUAGUAGAAAAAUAAGUAAUAGAUUCUCACAUAAUUUGACACCGACAGCAGUAUUGAUGACAACAGCUAUGUUUGUUCCAAAUUGGAAGAGUACUGCACUGGUCAAGAGUUUAACUGAAAUUCUACCAACCGUCUACAACAAUGGUAAUAUUGCUGAAGUACUGACACACAACGUCACAAGAGAAUAUAAAGAUGAAGAAUUGCACAUCUUAGUACCAACAAUGGAUAUUAUCAAUGAUAUUUUAUCUCCUACAAAUAACUCACCAGAUACAGAAUCACCAGAAACUAUGAUUGCUUACGGUUAUUUAGAUUUAUUGAAAAGUUAUUUCGAUGAUAAAGAAUAUGAUUAUGAUAUAGUAAGAUAUAAUCAGAAAGGAUAUCAAUACUUGGAGGAAAAGAGUUACGAUUUGUUUAAACUUGCUUUGAAAUCGGGUAGUUUAGAAAUGAUCAGAUAUCUAUUUAGUUUGCUUAUGAAAGAUUCAAAUAAGUUACCAAUAACACUAUUGGAGAACGCUUCAGAAUAUGAUAGGCUUGAUAUCAUCGAAUAUCUAUGUUCGGUCAGGUCGAAUUGGGACUACUACGAAGCCAGCACUCUUUCAGUAGAUUCGGGUAAUCUCAACAUCCUAAAGUACCUGACGAGUAGGAUCGAUCCAAACACACGAACCAUAAUUGCACCGGGAUUUAAAAGAGUGACACAAUUUGAAAGAGCUGCACUAAGAGGUCGUUUAGACAUGAUAGAAUGGCUGGAGACAAACAGAUCACAGGAUAUUCAAUGGAGCUGGAUGUACGAGAAUGCAAUCAGCCAAGGUCAUAUAGAAGUCGUUCGGUAUCUAUUAAGUGAUAGAUCGAGUCGUCUCUUCCCGAAAUCAGUUAAUCUAAUUAAUUUAGCUGCCAAGUAUAAUCAACUCGAGAUUGCGAAGCUAUUGGUUGAGCUUGGAGACACUAAGGGUUGUAAAUCAAACACUCUCGAUCAUUGCGCCAAGAAUGGUAAUCUGGCGAUGUUGAAAUUCCUCAGCGAAAAUACUACGUCUGGAGCGACUUACUAUGCCAUAGAUCUGGCAUGUGGUGCUGGCAGCCUAGACGUUUUAAAUUGGCUGGUGGAGAAUAGAACUGAAGGAUUUACUGACCAUGCACUACAGUUAGCCAUUAAGAACAAUUGUAAACUAGAGAUAUUCGAUUGGAUGAAUGAAAAUAUAGAGAUAAUACCACAACUUUCACCAAAAAUCUUGAAGCUAGCAAUGAAGCACUCGGAUAUCGAUAGAGUCAAAUGGAUCUACGAUCAUUGCGAAGAGCAACCUAUAUUGAAACCUAGUUACUUCGAAGAGGCUCUCAUAGUGAAUCUGAGGCAUGAUGUUGCUAGAUGGCUAUUCAAUGAGAGUAAUCAACGAGUGGCUAUCCGUACGGAUAGAACUUUCAAGCGCAUAGUGGAUUAUGCAAUCACCCACCACUUGAAGGCUGACAACAAAGUCGACGAUGAUGAUUAUGACCAAUCUUUAGAACCCACGGGAUUUCAAUGGAUCACCGCCAACUUUAUUUUCGAAAAUGAAGAUCUACAAAAUUUAUUAUCAAUAAUCAAAGAAAAUCCACACUAUAGUUUUUUAGUAGUAGAUCAAAAUAAAAUGUAA